AAAGAGUAUUUGAAAUUAAUUUUACUCAUAAAUUACUCAUGAAUAUCAGUCGAAUCUUUACUAUCGUGCUGUUAAGAACGUCGCUUUUUUUGCUUUUGUUAAUAGAAAACAUUAUUAAAGAUUUAUUACAAAUUGUUUAAAAAAUUUAGAACUAACAAAUAACAACAACAAUAAUAAAAGUACAAACCCUUAAGCUUAAAAAUUAGAACAACACGAAAAGACAAAAAAAUGAAUGAUUCACAACAGCCAACUUGUUCUUCCUCGAAAGAGCCCUCAUGGCUAGAUAAGGAGUAUGUUAAGAAAAUUAUACAAAAAUAUUGUAACAACGAUAAUGUUGUCAUUAAGAAUUUCACCAAAAAUCCUGCCACCACCAAAGGCGAAAACUAUUUUAGUGCCUUAUAUCUCUUAACAGUUGAUUAUUGCCUGGAAACGGAAGAAGAAGCGAUGAAAAAUGUUUGUUUAAUUUUGAAAACACGUAUAGAAAAUGAUUUAAUGUCACAAUUAGAGGAAGAUUUUGAUGUAUUUGCAAGAGAGGCUCAAUACUAUACGGUUAUAAGUGAGGAAACUCAAAAACUUUUAGAUGACAUCAAGGAUACUACUGUAUUUGGACCCAAAGCUAUUUAUGUGGAUGAUCGUAUAAUUGUUAUGGAAAACCUAAAACUGAAGGGUUUUUGUUUGAAUGAAGUCAAGCAGGGCUUUAAUUUGAAUCAAUGCCAUUUAAUUUUGCAAAAAUUGGCUAAAUUUCAUGCUGUCAGUAUGGUUUUAUAUAAAAAGAAUCCUGAUAUGUUUCGUUAUCAUUUACCCGGUAAUAUCUCCGAACAUCCUUCGCCCAUACAUGAAAUGUAUUCGAAAGCUAUAAAAUCGACUAUAGAAUAUUGCAAUAGUCAAGAUGAAUUAAAGAAAUAUGUUGGAAAAUUAGAAAAUUUUAGUACCACCAUUAUAGCAAAAAUGAUAAAUGUCUAUAGUCGUAAUUUAUCAGAUCGUUUUCAUGUUCUCAAUCAUGGUGAUAUGUGGGUGAAUAAUUUGAUGUUUAAUAACGAAGAGGAAGUAAUAUUUAUUGAUUUUCAAGAGGGUUUUUAUGGUUCGCCUGGUAUUGAUUGGAAUUAUUUAAUAUUUACCUCAUGGCAGCCAGAUGUUUUUCAAAAUCAUUUAGAUGAUUUAAUAAUGGUUUAUCAUGAAUCACUCUCUGAUAUUUUGCAUAAACUGAACUAUCAACAACGUAUUCCUACCGUAGAUGAUGUUAAAAGGGAAAUUAUUAAUAAAGGUUUUCAUGGUUUAGCUACUGCUACUUGUUUACUGCCUAUUCUAAUUAACGAACAUCCUGAAUUGGCGGAUCCGGAAAAUUUCGUUUUAGAAACUGAAGAAGCUUUAAAAAAUAGACGCAUUAUUUUCCAUAAUACCAAAUUCGCCGAAAGACUAAAAGUGUUUUUAAAGUAUUUUGAAGAUAUGAAAAUUUUGUAAAAUUUUUAAACAAAAGUUUGACUUUUUGUUUAUUUAAAACAGUAUUAAUAUAAAAUUGUUAUUUUGAAAUGCUGUUAGC